AUGGAAACAUCAACAUCAACAUCAACAUCAACAUCGGCAUCAACAUCAAUAUCAACAUCAACUUCAACAUCAUCUGAAUCCAUUUCAACAAAUAUAUCGGCGUCAAAUUGUAUUAUGACUGAAAAAAAUAUAAUCGGUACAGUUGUUACUGUUAACAGAUUAAAACAUUAUGCAUUUAUUAAAAGAAAUGAUAACGAUUUACAUCAAGAUAUAUUUGCACGUGAUGUCUCAAUAAAAAAAAAUCAACAUAAACAAACAUUUUUCAUUUCUGAUCAAUCAUCACGAGGUUUUGAAGCUAUCAAUAUCACCAUUAUACAACGUAAUAUUGAUAGUAUUGGAAGAUUAAAAAAAAUUCCAAAAAAGAAGACGAAUGAUCACCAACCAAAAAAAGAUUCAUAUGCAUUAUUUCAAUCAACAAUAACUAACUUGUUUCGUGAAGCUUUAAAAGAAAAAUAG